GGUUUAUUUGGAACAAUCAGAGAAAUGGGUGGUGAUUCUUCCAUGCAAACUGUUCAAUCCUAUGGAUAUGUAAUAAACAAAUUAACAAUUACAAUGCAAAUGAUAUCAGAAAUAAAAAGCUUGAAUUAUGAUUAUCAAACAAUUUUACGAUUUAAUAAGCAAAAUUUAAACCCAUAUUAUUGCUAUAAAGAUAGAGUUGAGAUACUUUCCACUUUUAGUCACCAAAUAUUUCAAGAGCUUCUUAAUGAUGAUUUGGUAAUGGGACGAAUACAGCUGCCGCUAUCCUCGAAAGGUGUUGAAGAUUUUUUAGUAACUUUGUCAGAAAAAAUUCAUCAAAUAGCAUUAAAUUCUGUUCCAUUAAAAAAAGCACACAAUGGCUCACAACAUG